GAUUUCCCCUCAAAUUAUUAAGGAUGCCUGUGUCCUGACUUAUCUGGGAGAAAAUCUUACUGUACAAACAAAUAAGAGGCAGGAGGAAAAAAGAGGCCUUCAGAAACCCUACUUUCUGGUCACAGCAAGAUCAACUCCUCUGAAAAAGCUAAAGCAGCCUUUGAGGAGGUUUUGGCUUGCUAUGAUAAAGGGAUUUUCGUUCAAGGAGUGUUAGAAAUGCUCUUCAGAAGCAAAGAAACCUGAGUACGGCUGUUGGGUCACCUGGAGAAACGAAAUGCUUUUCACCCAUGCGCUUGCAGCUGCUGAAGGAAGUGUUCCCCAAACCCUGGAGCCCUUGAGAGUGUUGCUGGAGUGAGGUGCCCAGGGUGGAAGUCUGGGCGCUCUCCAGUGGUUUAGGUUUGCAUAUCUCUGAUAGCUUCAUCCCUCCCUGAGGAUGCGUUUGCCAGGUUGCCUGAGACCAUUUGUCAGUAGCGAAGCUUAAAAAGGAGAGUGAGUUCAGUUUACUCUGUCAAGGUAUGAAUUUGGGUCUUUAAAAAGGGAGGUAGAGUUGGGAACAAAUAUUACAGAUGGCCUCUGACCUUAGCUAUGCUUCAGGAUUUCUUCAAGGCAUCUCUCGGGUACAUGUAUCAAUAGGACCGAUCCAGCAACGCUCUGCUCUUCGAGUUUUAUUACUUCAGCAAACAUCUGCUUCAUCAUUUCCCUAAUUAAUGUGGGAAGCUGGUAUAGAACAGCCCUUUUUCUUAAUCCAAAUACCCUUGAUCCUCCUCUCCUUUCCCUCAGCUUCCUUCCAGGCUAUUUUUCUAGAAGGAAAGCCACUUCAGGACUUCCUCCAAAGUGUGCCUACGAAAACUCCUCCUUCCAUUGUGUUUGGCGCGGCUGGGCCCAAAGACAGAGCAAAGGACAGUAACCUUUAGCUAUGCUAUUCAGUCUUUUUUUUUUUUCCUCUUCUCUAUAAACCUAUGUAAUGUUUUUGGUGUGCUCUCUAGUCUUGUGUUCCUUCUAACUUGGUCAACGACUGUAUCUGUUCUCCCUGGUAGGAGCGCUGGUGAUGGUGGGUGCAAGGCUAAAUUUGAAGAGGCUGGUAUUGCCUUGCUCGGGGGGAAGUGGUAAGGAGAUUUCACGUUCCCCCAGCAGCACCAAGCCAAGAGAAGCAGUGUCCCUUACUGAUUUGACGUGAAAGCUUCUGCACUGAGGAAGCAGAGAUUUGCUUCCUUAACACUGAUGGCAGCUUUGCUUGAGUCAGACAUCGGACUUUUUUUUUUUUUUGUGGAUUUGCAGAGAAUAGAACAGAUGUGUAAUAUUUAUCCCGUAAAUGCUGGAUUGUUAAACAAGAUAAUCCUUUCUGAGCACUAGGUCAGAGACAACGUGUUGCUAAGAAAGAGGCACAGCAUCUGGCCUCAGUUCUCUCCAUGCAUCUCCGCAGAUCUAUGGGGAUUGGACAUUAGAUCUUUCUGCUAAAGCAGAUUUGUUCCUACAAGGACCAAAUGGGCUGCACGAGGUAGGGCAGAGGCUGGAAUUUGACCCUAAAACAUUGUGGCAUCGCUGCUGCCCUGCGCAGCUCUGUGCUUUACACAGGAGUGUGUGCACAGAGAGGAAAGGAUGCUUUACACGUGAGGUUUGUCAGCUCAGCAGGCCUUGCAGUGGCACAGCAGAAGCAUGUUUCAGUUGCGUUCCUCUAUAUCCAGGGCUGAGAGUUUGAAUCUCUUUCUCUGGGCAUGUCCUGAGGGCUGCCUUUAGUUGAUGCCAUUUGCAAGUAAGAACCUGGUCCUCUGGAGGUGAACUCAAAGGCUGCUGGGUGUGAUGCUACCUGUGUUGCUCACGUAGGUGCUGUGGGACACAGAAAACAGUGGAUCUUGGUCAUGUUAUCCUGUGCAGUUGCCUAUGGCAGGGUGGUUUUUUUUCUUUAUAAUCAAGUCAAAGCUUUCUAGUGAUUUCAGUGGCGCAGGAUGCUGUCAGCUUGAUGUCCCUCUGAUGUGUUAAGGACACUGGCAGCAUUUGAGGGGGGCUGAGCAGGGAAGGAGUGUGAAGGCUGAUGAGUAAAAGUGGGGUUUACCCCACACUCGAGGUGUACUUGGAGGAAAUAGGUGCAUAAUAUGGGGAAGGGAGCAGAAAAGAGGGAGAGAUGUAGGGUUAAGUAACAGGUGGAUCUGGGAGCCUCCAUCUUCCAGUGAGGACUGGGAAGAGAGCCAGAGGCCUGUCCAGGGAUCCACUGGAGAAUAUCCAUUUAAAUCCACUGUAAUCCACUUUUUUUCCCUCCUUUUUCAUCCUCUGAGCAGUAGCUUUGGUAAUGUGAUGCUUCUGUGCCACUCUGCACUUAGCAUAUUCAGUGGAGAGAGAAAACAUGCGUACAGAGGGCAGUCUCUCUCCGUGAGUACUGAGGCAGUCAUUUCCCUUUGCUGCCGGGUGUGAUGUGGGGUGAAUUUUGGCUGUUGCAUUAAAAGAUUGAUAUCUGUGGGUUUUUCACUUUUUCUUGUUUUUUUUUUCUUCCCUGCUGCAUACAAAGCAAGCCUGGGACACAAGACAGCGGGAGCAAAGAUGUUUUGCCAGCUCUGAAAAGGUCUGUAGAGAAACCGAUAGCUUUAGUCUUUAUUGCAGUCGGAGGGCAUCUCUGCACCGCGGCGACUUCUGGCUCUCUCGAGGACUCGUGCCAAUCGUACUCGGUCACAGAUCCCUUCAGACAACCACGUCGCAGCAAGACGAGAGCCAGAAGAAUGUCCCUCUUGCUAAAAAUCGUGGUAAAGGGCCUGUUGGAGAUAGACAGGUACUCCAUCAAAGACGGUCCGGGCUCUGUCCUGUUGGAAACUGAGUUCAGAGAGACUAAAGCUGCUUUGUAACAACAAAUGCAUGUGCAGGAGCUGGGAAUUGUGGUUUGGGAGUGAGACACACAAAGCAAUGAUAUAUAGCUGCCUCAGUGCUUGGAUAGUGGCCAGAAGAAGCUUUCUAGCAGGGAAAGAGAGAAAUGGGGGUUCAGCCCAGCAGAGAAGGGUAUUUCCUCAUGUAAUGACCACUGACCUGGGCCUUUUGGGGGACAGCAUGGUGAAAAAUCCCUGCUCAGGGUGUAAUAUAACCGCUUUAAAAGCGAUAGAAACGUUACAGUCUGUAAGAAAUGGAGAUCAGUGCAAGCAGUGCUUUGAGGCUGAAAGUCAAGAGUUUGUGCUCUCCGAAACUUGUGCUGUGACCCGAAAAAUAUCUUCUCGUGCUACAACAGGAUUGAAAGGCAGGAAGCCUGGGAAAGCGUUACAAAAACGAAUCCUGAAGCCCGGAACUGUUUGCUUCGAAAGCAGGCAAAAAAAGGAAGCGUGGUUAGAGUACGUAAGAGCUUUUGGUGGUCCAGAGAAAUAAAAUGAGGUGCUUCAGGUCUCUCAUGCCACAGAAACAGGGAAAAUUGUUUACAGAGUGAAGUCAGGGCCUCAUGGCCGUCCUUGGCAAAGCUCCCGUGCGUUUCGGGUAAGCUAGGAUUUCAUCACCAAGGAGGCAAACUCAGACCUGACUGAAGGAAAUACCUUUUCGCAUGUGCGGUCAGGUUGCCGGAUUUACCGGUUAUGAUGCCAAGAAUCGGUCAAAAGGACAGCAAGGAUAUCCAGAAGGGUGACUGCACUAACAAACUCUUGGGAAAUGAUACUGAAUCUUAAGCUUCCCUGCUGACAUGAAUGUCCUAAUUUAAGGAUUAAAAUAAAAAAAAAAGCUGGCUGAGAAUAACGGUGAUUAUCCCACUUCAUUCUUUCUGCAGAGUUUUUGCCUUUCUCUGAUGUACCUGGUGCUGGCUGUUAGUGAAGAGAGCGCUGAACAGGACCUUCCCUGUCUGAAGGGGAGCUAUGGUUUUCCCUGGAAAAAGGACUGCUAUGCUGAAGGGGAGACAUUUAUUCCCUGCUGGAGCUGCUUAUUCUUCAGUGGUGUAAGAAGGGUGGAGGGAACAGCAGCCUCCCCAUCACUAGAUAACCAUCUGUGGCUCUCUGCCAGGGCCUCCAUUGUUUUUGAAUAUCUCGGACAACUUUCGGAUGACAACUGUGGAUGGGUGUUCCUCUCCCUGUUCCUCCUUCCUCAGAGGGGAAAAAAGUUAUUUCCUUCCUCUUGUCUCAGUUUGGUAACUUCCGUCCUGCCCUGCCCUGCCUGAAACCCUUACGGCAGCAACUUCUGCCUGCACGGUCGGAGUCCACACACAGCCUGAGAAAAAAGUUCCAACCGGUGAAAAUGACUGGUGGCAAGGAGGACCCUGCCGUGUUCACCUCCACUUCUCUGCCCUCAGACCCACGGCUUCUAGCUACGGUGACCAACGCUUACCUGGGCACCCGUGUGUAUCGGGACAUCCUCCAUGUCAACGGGGUGUACAACGGAGCUGUGGGAGACACGCAUCGUGCCGACAUCCCCAGCCCUGUCAACGUUAGGAUGACCAAGCCUAGUACGGACGAGCUGACCGAGACCUUCACCUUGAAUACCCGCACAGGAACCUUCAGCCAUGUGCUUCAGUCAGCUGAUUAUACAGCCACCCAUCAGAUCUAUGCCCACCAUUCCCAUGUCCAUUUGAUGGCCUUCAGCAUCACCAUCCAGCGAUCCGCUCACACCAGGCAGCCCAUCGUGGUGGAGCUCCAGAUUCCUUUUGUGCUGAAGAGCCAGGACCUCGACCUGUAUCGGGGACCAGACUUCCAGGGGGCACACUACGUCUAUGGGAAGACAUUGGUCCCCGAGGUGGAUGGGGGACCCCAGCCCACAGUUCACAUGCUCUGGACUCCGGCGCCGCAGACCGUGACCUUGCACGGGGAGGAGCAGGAGAGAACCUGGGAGUUCCUGACCGCCGUGGCCGAGAGCGAGGAGGAAGCGAAGAGGUGCUACAGCGAAGGGAUGGCUCGCGUUGCUGCUGGCACCCUGUACUCCUCCCACGUGGAGGCCUGGGCAGCGCUGUGGAGAGGAUGCUGCAUCGACCUGGACGGCCCUCUGCCUUUGCGACAGGCCCUUUACGGGUGUCUCUAUUACCUGCUGAGUGCUAUCCCUCCCCUUGGGAACCCCGACUUCCUUUUCCAUGGCAUCAGUCCUGGUGGCUUAUCCAACGGCAGUCAGGGGGAAGACUACUGGGGGCACGUCUUCUGGGACCAGGACACGUGGAUAUUCCCAAGCAUCCUGCUGUUUUAUCCCGAAGCGGCCCGAGCCAUCUUGGAGUAUCGGAUUCGCAUGCUGGGAGGAGCUUUACGCAAUGCGCAGGAGCAAGGCUACAAGGGUGCCAAGUUUCCUUGGGAGAGCGCAGCCACCGGCCGGGAAGUCUGUCCGGAAGAGAUUUAUGGAGCUCAAGAAAUUCACGUCACUGGGGAUGUUAUGAUGGCCUUUGAGCAGUAUUAUCACACCACACAGGACCAGAAGCUGUUCAGGGAGGAUGGAGGCUGGAACCUGGUUGGUGCUGUGGCUCAGUACUGGUGCAGCAGGAUGGUGUGGAAUGAAGAGGAGCAGUGCUACCACAUCAAAGGUGUCAUGCCCCCAGACGAGUAUCAUUACCGGGUCGAUAACUCUGUUUACACCAACGCUUUGGCCCAGAGGAGUUUAAAUUUUGCAGCUGAUGUUGCGCGGGACUUCUUGGUCCCUGUACCAGAAGAGUGGGUGGAGUGUGCCAAGAAAGUCAAAGUGCCAUUUGAUGCAGAGAAGAAAUACCAUCCUGAAUAUGAUGGUUACAGCCCAGGUGAGCCUGUGAAACAAGCUGAUGUUGUCUUGCUUGGAUUCCCUCUGAUGUACCCCAUGAGUCCUGAAGUCCGGAGAAAUGACCUGGAGUUGUACGAAUCUGUCACUGUGCUGGAUGGGCCAGCCAUGACCUGGAGCAUGUUUGCGGUGGGCUGGCUGGAGCUAAAGGAAGCGCAGAAAGCACAGAGUCAACUGAGCAAAUGUUUCAGCAACAUCACGGAGCCCUUCAAGAUCUGGGUGGAGAACUCGGAUGGAUCAGGAGCUGUGAACUUCUUGACAGGGAUGGGUGGAUUCUUGCAAGCUGUCCUCUUUGGCUACACGGGGUUCAGGAUUACAAAGACAAGCCUUCGCUUUGAUCCUGCAUGUCCUAAUGACAUCAACAAAUUGAAGGUCACUGGAGUCUCCUACGUUGGCAACAAACUGAAGUUCACCAUCACCAAAGAAAAGAUCAAGAUCAAAGUGACUAAGUCUCCCCUUGACUCUCCUGCAUGUCCCCUGGAGGCUGUGCUGGAGGAAUCGGGGCAGCGAUUUCCUCUGUAUGAAGGGCAGAGCGUCUCUUUCCGCACGUCAGCCGGCUGGAUUCAGAGGUCGUCCCCGGAGGCGUUUUAAACCUCAGCAGAUUUGGGGUUUACCCGGCAGGUACCACUAUCGUCAGAGCUGCAGAAACAAGUCCAAGAGCAGAAGGUGGCAGAAUGGAAAGGUCAAGUCACUCUGUGCUGUUGGGUGGGUGGCGUGGAAGGUGGGUGUCCUGGUUUGUGUCAUAAACCCUUUGCACCUGCG